AUGGCCUGGCAGCCGAUGGAGAUCAACCCCGAGGUGCGCGAGGGGCGGUGGGGACAGGGCUGGGGCUGCGGGGCGGAUGCUGAACAAAGUGAGUUGCCGCCGCCGGAGGACCGCCGCGGGCGGAAGGGCGCCGGCCCUUCCCCCUCCAUCCCUCGGCAUCCCUCCCUGCCGGGGAACGCCAGCCGCGGUGGCGGUACCGCUGCGCGGGGCGCGGCCGCACCUGCGGAGCGGCGCCUCCCUCCGUCCCUCGGCAUCCCGCCCCGCCGGGGCACGGAGCGGCGCCUCUCUCCGUCCCUCGGCAUCCCGCCCCGCCGGGGCGCGGAGCGGCUCCACCCUCCGUCCCUCGGCAUCCCGCCCCACGGGGCACGGAGCGGCUCCGCGGGGCGCGGCCGCACCUGCGGAGCGGCGCUGAGGCCGUGCGCCCUCGGGGCGGGCGCGGCCGGCAGGCGGCGCGGCGGGGCCGCGCGUUGUGCUGUGCUGUCCCGCCUCGGGGUGGGUCCUGGCUGGCGUUUCGUGGACGUGCUGGGCUUCGAGGAUGAGGCACUGCGCGCCGUGCCGACCCCGGCUUGCGCGCUGCUUCUGCUGUUCCCGCUCACUGAGCAGCAUGAAAACUUCAGGAAGCAACAGACUGAGAAAAUAAAGGACCAGGAGAUCAGUUCUAAAGUGUAUUUCCUGAAGCAGACUGUCAGUAACUCCUGUGGGACAAUUGGUCUGAUACAUGCAGUUGCUAAUAACAAAGACAAAUUGAAACUUGAGGAGGGGUCUGCCUUGAAGAAGUUUCUUGAUGAAACAGCUGAUUUGUCUCCUGAAGAAAGAGCUAAACAUUUGGCAAAUAAUAAGGCUAUACAAGAAGUCCACAACUCUGUUGCGCAAGAAGGACAAUGUCGGGUUGAGGACAACAGUGUGAACUUCCAUUUCAUCCUUUUUGUCAAUGUGGAUGGACACCUGUAUGAAUUGGAUGGCCGUAUGCCAUUUCCUGUGAACCAUGGCACGAGCUCGGAUGACUUGCUGUUGAAGGAUUCUGCUAAGAUCUGCAGACAAUUUACAGAACGUGAAAAAGGAGAAGUUCGUUUUUCUGCUGUGGCUUUCUGCAAGUCUGCCUAAGACUCUGAAGAGAUGCAAGGAAAGCAGUUUAAUAGCACACCAGUAAAUGCAGUUUAAACUCCAGUGCUUCAGUACUUGUUAAACACAGCUGUUCUGGUAACUUAAAUUAUUUCCACCUUUUGCUAUACACAGAAGCAACAUCAGCUGAGCUUAUGCUAAAAGAUGAGCUCAAGUUUUAAUGUGAACGGUUUGGACACAUCAGAUAUCUUUAGACUCUUUUUUCACAUGUUAAGUAGAAAAUGCUUAACAGGGCUUGUUUGAUCUGUGUUAUGUUAAUUGAGUUGUUGGUUGAUAUUUCCUUGUCCUUAAUGAGAAUAAAAUGUUCUG